GCGGCGUGAGCGAGCCGGGCUGGCCGCGGGGACGCGACACGGCGCUCGCUGCCUGCCUGGCCGGGCCGCUUUCCGGGGAGGCUGUGCGCGGGACGGAGCCCCCUCGCUGCGGCUGCUGCUGCUGCGGCGCCGCCGAGACAUGUUCGAGGAGAGCGAGUGGAGCGACGGCGGCGGCGGCGCGGACUCCUCCUUGCCCCGCGGCCAGCGGCGGCGCCCCAGAGCAGCGCCUGCAGCGGCCAGCAGCCCCGGGCGGAGGCAGCAGCAGCAGCAGCAGCGGCGGCGGCGUCGCCUCCUGGCCACCCUGCGCCGCCUGGAGGGGGCCGCUCGGCAGCCUCGGCCCUCCAGCCCUUCGGACGGAGGAGACAGCAGCGCCUCGGACUGGGAGCCGGAGCCCGCGCGCUCCUCAGGGCCGCCGCCGCCGCCGCCGCCGCCGCCUCACCGGGCAGGCCAGGAGCGGCCGCAGAAAGAAGCUGAUGCGGCGGCUGGAGAUGGAAACUUGGCAGCCAUUGGCAAGCAGAGCAGCCCAGGGGCCACGGAAGAGGAGGAGGAGGAGCGGCCGCGGCAGCCACUGACCCGGAAGCAAUGGAGGAACCGGCAGAAGAACAAGCGGCGGCAGAAGAACAAGUUCAAGGCGGGGGUGGGGCAGGGCAAGGAGGAGCCCCCCUGCAGCCAGGCCCCAGAGGCCCCCAGAGGGCCGGGCAGCCCCGCCCUCGCGCCCUCCCCCGAGGAGCAGCCUCCUAGUGCCCGGGCAGCCUCUCUGCGGCUGCGCAUGGAGGGACGGCUGGAGUCGGCUCGCUUCCGUUACAUCAACCAGCAGCUCUACACGCGCCCCAGCCGAGAGGCAGCCCGGCUUUUCCGGGAGGACCCCCAAGCCUUUGCUGUUUAUCACCAUGGCUUUGCCCGGCAGGUGGCCUGCUGGCCCGAAAACCCCGUGCAGCGCUUUGUACGCUACCUGCGCCAGAGACCAGCGUCUCUAGUGGUGGCAGAUUUCGGCUGCGGGGACUGCACGUUGGCCCAGAGCGUUCGGAACAAGGUGCACUGCUUUGACUUGGUGGCUCUGGACCCCCGUGUCACUGUCUGCGACAUGGCCCAGGUCCCUCUGGAAGCUGAGUCGGUUGAUGUGGCUGUCUUCUGCCUGGCCCUCAUGGGCACGAACCUGCGUGAGAUCCUGGAAGAGGCCAGCCGGGUCCUGCGAGUUGGGGGCACGCUGCUGGUGGCCGAAGUGGCCAGUCGCUUCGCAGACGUGCGAGCCUUCCUGGGGGCGCUGGCCCGCCUGGGCUUCCGUCUCCUCUCCCAGGAUGUCUCCGGCUCCCACUUCUACACCUUCGAGCUGCGCAAGGCGAAGGCGACCCGUCAGGCAGCCGCUGAGGGCGCGGCCCAGGCCCGCGGGAGGAAGCCGCCGCCGCCACCGCCCCUUCCGGGCCUGGCGCUCCAGCCCUGCCUCUACAAGCGCCGCUGAGGGAGGGAGGGAG